ACUUAAGUGGGCGGAGGAAAAUCCUAGUAUUUUGUCCGUCUUGAAAUUUGAUUCAGAAGUUCAGGAUCCUGGAAGACAAAAAGCAAACGGAGGGGGAGGGAAGAAAGGCAGAGAAGGACGGAGAGGUUUUUUUUUUACUGCGAGAAGAGUAAACUCACCAAAUACUCUGCAACCUCCGACUAAAGCAGUGUGACUAUGAGCACCUCGGGGCUUCAGGCCACUAACCGGCAGAAUGCGAAGGAGCUUGACAGCAUGAAGGAGUCCAUCAGCGACAUCAUCAACCAGCUCCAGGACAUCGACCCCACCAGGCUCUCCUUCUCCCCCUUCCUGGACCUGGACACGCAGAUCUCCUUGGCGCCGGUGUCAGACAGCCCAGAGUCCUCGGUGGAGGAGCUGCACUCGUCCUCCCACUCCGUCUCCGGCUCCCAGCGCUCCCUUGAACAGCCACCAGCGACCAAUCAGCUGAGGAGCUCUGCUCCCUGCCACCAGCAGCCCGGCGACGACCUCCCAGUGGAGCCACAAGCAGAUCAGACAGAGGAGGGGGAGCUGGAUCAAACUCUUUCCAGUCCGAUCAUCACAGCACACAAUUUGGACGCCGCAAUGGAAAACCGCAUCAGCUUUCCAACCCCAGCCUCACAGGGAGACAUUCCCAACGGCACAGACACACCGAGAUGGAGUCCAGAAUCCACCACUCUGGACUGCACAGUGGAUGAGGGUCGGCCUCUGAUAGGCCCCCCGCCAGAAAGCGUGGAGCUGACUGUGUGGAGCUCAGAGGGGCGGAGAGAGACUUGUGAGGCCACAGAGGAGGCUUCAGAUCGGGGACGAUGCUGCUGCCGCUGCUGCCAGUGUAAAUGCUGUCAGAGUGGCCGAGUUCCUGCUUUCUUCUCAGUGCUGGCUUCUCUUCUGUGCGCAGCUGGGAUCCUCUAUGCACUCUAUUUCUAUGUCCCUAUAAAACCCCCCGACUGCCCCGACACAACCAGCCGCAUCGUUUUCACCCUCUGCUGCUGCGUGGUGGCAGCCGUCCCCAUCCUGCUGGCGAUGCUCAUGGGUGCAGCGUGCCAGUUCUGCACAGCCUCCUUCGGUCUGCAGGAGUCGUUUCCCAGAAGACAGGCGGUGCAGCAGCUGUUUGUCACGGCGUCGUUGGAGCAGUUACUCCUCUAUAUCCUCAACCUUGUCGUUAUGGCCGCUUUACUUCCUCAAGACCAGCUGAAGUUGGUGCCUAUACUGGUCACCAUGUUUAUCUUUGGAAGGCUUGUUUACUGGGUCAGCCUGAACGUGUGCAGCUCCUGGCGAGGCUUCGGCUCCGGCCUGACCGUCUUCCCGCUCAUCGCCAUGGUGGCUCUCAAUCUGUUCCUCAUCUACACCCUGAAUCUCAAGGAGCCACUUUUUGGCUCUCAGGACAUCCUCUAUAAUCAGGUCACCCCCUCUUCCUGGUCAGGGGAGACAUCACAGAGCCCGAGUGGCAAACCAGACGUCCUACCCACAGACAUCCUGGACGCUCAGUGAGGAGGCGAGCUGUGCUUUCUUCUUUCAGAGGAGGAGAUCUUUUCCUAAAAUAGGCCAUUCCUGUGGUCUGCAGUUCAGCACAGCAACACACGCUGCCACCAUGACCUCCAAGUCUGUGACGGCUUAACUUGUAUUUUUGCUCCUCCUAUACAGGACUUUUUUAAAAUGUGGAUUCAUGCUUAUUAUCUGAAAUGCAAGAGCUCUUUCCCUGCUAGUGGCAGAGGACGCCUUUGGACAAUGCUGUAGUCUUAAAACAUCUGUCCUUUUAAGCUAUUCCAGUGCCUAUAUUUAAUGUUUUGAACUCUUAAGUACUUUUAACAGCUCUGCUAUAUAUAUGGCUGAAUUUGGUUUGACCUAAAAACCCACACGCAAAGCAACUGCAGUCGUCAGACUUUAUUAUAAUUUUAAUGUGCCCAGAAAGUUUGUACCUGAUGAAGACAGAAUAAAAGCCAUUCGUAAAAAUGUCUUUCAUCUUUUCCAGUUUUUAGUUCCCUCUCUGACUUUGACCUGUUUGACUGAGCAGCUAUUCCUGGAGGAGCUGCAGUGUGUGUUUUCAGUGCUGGGACUGUCAUUAUGUGAUAACACGCUCUCGAUGUUCUCUGGUUGCUCUCCA